AUGACUACAUUGAGUGAAGGUGUACGCAUUUUGGAUGCCUUAUCUGCUAGCGGUCUUCGCGCGCUUCGGUUUGCUAAGGAAAUUCCGAACGUUCUGGAGGUAGUGGCUAAUGACUUCUCUGAAAAUGCUGUGGAAGCUGUAAAGCAGAAUAUAGUUUUAAAUGGCCUUGAGGGGCUCGUCAAACCUAACUUUGGCGAUGCGAUUGAAGUCAUGAUGUCGCAUCGUGCUCUGGAUAAAAGGUUUCAUGCGAUUGACUUAGAUCCUUACGGUUCUGCUUCAGUAUUUUUAGACGCAGCCGUGCAGGCUGUUGCAGACCAAGGAAUUCUUAUGGUUACUUGCACUGAUAUGGCAGUUCUUUGCGGCAAUACUCCCGAAUCUUGUUAUAACAAAUAUGGCUCUGUGGGUUUACGACACAAGUGUUGUCACGAAUUUGCAAUUCGAGUUUUAUUAAAAGCGUUGGAUUCUCAUGCUAAUCGUUAUGCUCGGUACAUUGAGCCUCUGUUGUCACUCAGCAUUGACUUUUAUGUUCGCGUCUUCGUGAGGCUUCAUACUAGUGCUCACCAUGCGAAAGACAGCAUAACGAAGGCAGCUAACGUUCUGGCAUGCGUUGGUUGCCACUCUCUUCAACUGCAGCCAUUAGCAAAGAAGGUGGUUUCAGGUGCCAGUGUAAAAUAUACUGCUUCCAUGGUAGAUUCUGGUUUACUGGAUGGCAAUGGUAAAUGUAUUCAUUGCGGUCAAAGCGUGCAUUUCGCAGGUCCCAUAUACUCCGCCCCUAUUCACCAACUUUCAUUUGUAAAUUCUUUGAUAACCAGGCUACGUAGCAUCGAGGCAGAAGAGAAUUUGGCAACUUACAAUCGUCUUUUAGGAGUUUUGACAGUAAUAGCAGAGGAACUUCAAGAUGUACCUCUUUAUUAUGAGAACGAUCAAUUAUGGCAUAUAAUCAAAAGUCCUGUACCUAAGUCGUUGUUAGUUCGCUCUGCGAUCUUAAAUGCUGGUUAUCGUUGCUCUAUAUCGCAUUGCAAUCCAAAAGCAAUUAAGACAGACGCACCGUUAGAUUUUCUUUGGGAUAUUGUUCGAACGGUGGUAUGUUACUUAACCAGUCUAGUUGACAUCAUAAACAGUGGAACAGUAUUACCAUUAAUUUUGUGUAUAAAUUCUUUAGCAUUUCUUUCUGUGAGCUUUUUCUUAGCGUGUGAUCUAAAGCAGAAAGAUAUUGGACACUCCGAUUCGUUUUUUAUAUACACAGAUUUUUUAAAGCAUCACUGUUUGUUAAGAACUUUUAGUUUUUGUGAACGACAUAUUUGUCUUAGGCAUGAAGUCGAUUUGCGUACAAACUCCGAAGCCCAGGCUAGGAGUAAAACAGACGGUCUUUUGCGUUUUCAGUGCAAUAGAGGAAAAAAUUGGGGUCCCAAAAACAAGGCGAAAGGCUCAAUAAAUUCUGUGAAGGCGGGGUUUUUUGCGAGCGUUGAGAAAGAUGGAUGUGUAGCUUCCUCAGAAUCGCACUAA